AUGGUAAAUGCUUUUGGAAACAAAGAAAUGGCAAGUAAAUUUGAAACAGUAUCACUUUCUCAUCAAACUGUUAGCAGAAGAGUUAAUGAAAUGAGUGAUCAUGUAUCUGGAAUGCUUCGUAAUAUAAUACAGAAUUGUAAGUACUAUUCUUUAGCAUUAGAUGAAAGUAAUGAUAUUUCCGAUAACAGUCAAUUAAUCAUUUUUAUUCGAACAAUUGAUAAAGAAUUUAAUAUACAUGAAGAACUACUUCAAAUAAAACCAUUAAUUACUGGAACUAGGGGUGUAGAUAUAUUUGAAGCAUUGAAAAAAAUUAUUUCAGAUUUUGGUUCAUUUGAUAAUUGCACUGGUAUUAUCACUGAUGGUGCUCAAGCUAUGGUUGGGAUACAUACUGGUUUAGUAGGAAAUUUAAGGCAAAUAGGGCUAAAAUGUUUAUUUAUUCAUUGUAUUAUUCACCAAGAAGCACUUUGUGGCAAGUUUGUUAAAAUUAAUGAAACUAUGAAAAAAGUGAUAAGCAUUAUUAAUUUUAUUCGUGGUGGUAACAAAGCUCAAAGACACAGAGCAUUUAUUAAAUUUUUAGAAGAAAUGGAGAGUUUUUGA